CAACUCCCGGGAGCAGAGAAGAUAAGGCUGGGGUCGGGGAAGUCACGAUGAUUGCGCCCUUGCGACGGACGGGUUUUUAAGGAGCCAUGUUGCAAUUGCCCCACAAUGUCCAGGUGUGUGGUUUCUGUACCUGCUAUCUUUCGAAUAAAUCAUCUAGACGAGAUGGAAAAUCCUACCACAUUUUUUGCGUCUCAUGAAGCAGCAUGUGACCUCUUUCGAUUAUUUUGUUCAAACCGAGAUAAAGAAAGUGGUUGCUGCAGAGCGCCACGGCGCCUACAAAUUCAAUUCUAAACAUUUUUCAACGAUACCACUGACAGGCACCAAAUCAGACCGUGCGAUCAGAGGUCGAUCCAAACUUUUAUCUGUCGUACACAGACGUUUAUGUUGGAUCGCCAUCAAUUGAAGAAGAUGCUUUUACAAGCACAGCUGCAACUCCACUUGAAUGUCGGCUUCGUGACUGUACGUACAGCGCACCCAUCUACGUAGACGUAAAGUACCGCCGCGGUCCACAGAUUGUGACCACCUCAAAAGUUCCAAUAGGGUGCAUACCAAUUAUGUUGCAUUCUUGUAAGUGCGUCUUGUACGAGAAAUCGCGCUCUGAGCUAGAAGCUUUAAAAGAGUGCCCUCACGACCCGGGUGGCUACUUCAUCGUGAAGGGUGUUGAAAAGGUCAUACUUAUGCAGGAGCAACUCUCAAAAAAUCGAAUGAUAAUUGAACGUGAUGCAAAGGGGGUGUUCUGCGCAGCUAUCACGAGUUCUACUCACGAACGCAAAAGCAGAUGCUCCAUUGUGGUCAAACCCACAUCGCAUGGGUAUCGGGUGUACCUAAAGCACAACACGUUGGGCGACGACAUUCCAGUUGCGGUUAUACUGAAGGCAAUGGGGAUGGAAUGUGACCAGGAAAUUGCUGAGUUGGUAGGUUCUGGGGACUGUCGAAUUGCCAGCAUCUUCGUGAAUUCCAUGGAGGAACCUAGUGCAGCUCGCGUGAAAACACAGAAACAGGCACUCGCGUACAUUGGUGAAGCGAUUCGAGCAAAAUAUAAGGCACAAUCUGUUGAUGGUGUACGGUUUUUACAAUAUGCCCCACAUGGUCGAAGAUCUAUCUCUGCAGAUGAAGAGGCGCGGGAUGUCUUGGCUCAUGUCGUACUAUCCCAUGUGCCUGUAGUAAACUACGAUUUUGUUGCGAAGCGUACAUACGUUGGCCACGUCACAAAACGUGUAAUUGCUGCAUUACUUGAUAACUCACUACUGGACGACAAGGACUACUACGGUAACAAGAGGCUCGAGCUUGCUGGUCAACUACUAAGCCUUUUAUUUGAAGAUCUUUUUAAGCGAUUCAAUUCAGAUUUAAAGCGAUCAGCUGACCUUGUUUUGCAAAAGCAAAACAGAACGGCUGUAUUCGACAUUGUGAAAUCAACCAUUUGGCGUACUGAUACACUGGCCCAGGGGUUUGUGCAUGCCAUAUCAACAGGAAAUUGGGUUCUGAAGCGUUUCAAGAUGGAUCGUGCUGGUGUCACACAGGUCCUCUCGAGGCUGUCAUACAUAUCAGCUAUAGGGAUGAUGACUCGUGUCAACUCCCAGUUCGAAAAAACAAGGAAGACAUCGGGUCCACGCGCUUUGCAGCCCUCUCAAUGGGGGAUGCUUUGUCCAGCAGACACGCCGGAGGGCGAAACAUGCGGCCUAGUUAAAAAUUUGGCACUUCUUGCUCAUGUUACUACAGAUGCUGAAAUUGAAACAACAAAACGAUCCUGCUAUGACCUUGGUGUUGAACAACUAGGACACCUAAAUGGGACAGCCCUAAACUCACAUGCCACUGCUUACCUGGUUUUCCUCAAUGGGUUGGUGAUUGGUGCGUGCUCCAGGCCGCACAAAUUAGCACACGCGCUGCGUCGGAUGCGCCGCUCAAAACGAAUUGGCGAACACAUCUCAGUCUAUACCCAUUCUGUGCAUCGAGCAAUAUAUAUAGCUUGCGACGGUGGACGUGUCUGUCGUCCAUUGAUCAUCGCUUCUCGCGGCCGUUCCCGGUUGUUGCCCCAAAUCCUCGAACACAAGACACUAAAUGUACACAUCUUCAGAUUAGCUCUCGGUCAGCUGACAGCAUCAGGUGUCGUGGAGUACGUCGAUGUUAAUGAAGAAAACAAUUGUUUCAUAGCACUGGAUGAAAAUCAGCUCACCCACUGCCAUACACAUCUAGAGGUCGACCCAGCAACCGUUCUCGGUGUGGUAUGUGGUCUUGUUGCAUUUCCCCAUCACAAUCAAUCGCCAAGAAAUACAUAUCAAUGUGCAAUGGGCAAACAAUCAAUGGGAUCAGUGGCAACAAACCAGUUCGAACGUAUGGACUCUCUCUUGUAUUCUCUCGUUUACCCACAAAAGGCAAUAGUCAAGAGUCGCAUUCUAGACCUAGUUCACUUCGAUGAUCUCCCUGGUGGUUGCAACGCAACGCUAGCUGUUAUGUCGUGCUCCGGUUAUGACAUUGAAGACGCAAUAAUCCUCAAUAAAAACUCGCUUGAUAGAGGGUUUUUGCGUUGCCUUGUACUUAAGAAGCACCAGGCAUCUAUUCGACGGUCCGUUCAUGCCUUACACCCCACGAGGCAGGUAGUUGCAUUGAUACAGGUAUGCUAAUGGUACAUUUGACCGAACAAUUGGUCCGCCUCCACUAUCUUCGUUUAUACAAGGUUAUGUCGAGUUGGCUAACUAGAUCAUACGAUUGGAAUAGGGAUACAUGACACCCGAUACCAACGUUAUUCCGCACUCGACGAUGAUGGGAUUUGUCUUGUUGGCGAAAGACUCAAUGACCAAUCAAUAAUUAUCAACCGCGAAGUGCCGAUUGAAUCUCCUGAUGUUGUUUAUUCUUCUGCGAGAGAGAGUCAUGCCCAGUGUUGCUGCUUAGUGCCGGCCUUGCACAUAAAUAUCACUGUCAGGGAGUCAAAGUGGCGGAUGGCGGAUGUCCACAACUCCAGGAUCGCCCGCAAAAUUCAAGUCCCAGUCGUGCUCGCAUGGAAUCUGAGCACUGUUUGAUGGUGAGAUAUGAUCUAGACCACAGGUACAAAGCACCAGCACCGAGUGUAGUGGACCGUGUGCUCCUCACUGCAAACGAAACUGAUCAGUUUUUGGUUAAAGUCAUGGUGCGACAGUCUCGUCGUCCUGAAAUUGGAGACAAGCUGGCUACCGGCGUAAGAGAGACAAACAAAAUCGGGUUGAGCUAAUCAACAUUACCCAGGUUUGCAAGCCGCCACGGACAGAAAGGUGUCUGUGGCGCAAUUAUAUCACAGGUUUCAAAGAUUUUUGUGUUAUUUUUGUAUUUAACAUUAUGUAAUUAUUAUUAUACAGGAGGAUAUGCCGUUUACGGAUGUGGGAAUAUGCCCUGAUGUAAUUAUGAAUCCUCAUGGCUUUCCUAGUCGCAUGACAGUAGGAAAAAUAAUUGAACUUGUUCAGAGAGUGUGGACGACAAUAUGGCCGUUGUAAUAAUGCUUUCCAAUAAACACGUAGGUUGCUGGGAAGGCUGGAGUAUGUCACGGGCGGCAAGCAUUUGGCACAGCAUUUGGCGAGUCUCGCGGUUCUGCAGAUCACUCAAAGUAACAAUAUCCGUGCCUUGCUUACAUGGAUAUCUUUGCUACUACAGGGAAGCAUCAAGAGAACUCCUCGCAUAUGGGUAUUCCUAUAUUGGAAAAGAUUUGCUCUAUUCAGGAACCUCCGGCGACCUUUUGAGGGCGUUUGUUUUCAUGGGGCCUGUGUUCUACCAGAAAUUAAAACACAUGGUCAUGGACAAAAUGCAUUCACGCGCGUACCUUCCCUGUGUGUUUGUCAAACUAAGUCCAUUAAACAUUAACAGGACUCCACAGGCGCGGUUCGAUUCUGAGUUAUAUAUUGUAUAUUGUGCUUGUAGAUAUACAGUUCUUAAUCCUUGCUCUUAUGUUUAUCUAGGUCCGAGAGCACAGUGCGUCUGCGCAGUCUUGUUCAACGUAAUUCAUGAUUCACUCUUUGAUCUAGGCUCACGCGCCAGCCCACCGAAGGGUAAUAACACCGCCCUGCGAAUGGCCUUGAUUUUUGGCACCUGAUUCUCUUCUUUGUAGGCGGUCGCGUGACGGUGGUUUGCGACUCGGUGACGAGACUGCUUUCAUGUACAUAUUUGAGAAGACUUGCCUUAGGCGAAAUGGAGCGUGAUUGCCUUAUAUCAUAUGGCGCAGCCAACUUAAUUACCGAACGACUGAUGAUCUCAUCGGAUCAAUUUGAUGUUCAUGUAUGUGAGUAUUGUGGCCUCCUUGGAUAUUCAACAGUCAGCCUUCACCGAGUGCCAAUACUCUCUUCAAGAUAUAUCUCGUUCGGUACAAUGCGCACGCAGGCAUCAAGCACUGAGCGCUCUAUCUGUACGCGAAGUAGUUGGUGUCAAAAGUGCCGCUCGGAUAGUCGCAUGGCACAGAUUCGCAUUCCUUAUGCUUGCAAACUUCUUUUCCAAGGUACGCUGCUUCUAAGCCAUGUGUCGGGUAACCUUUGUGUGUCAGAACUCCAAUGCAUGAAUGUUACGCCGCGGUUAAAGUUGGUGGACAUGUAGCCAAACAUGUUAGAUCAUCUUGCAUAUAGAAAUGCGCCAUUUUCAGUACAAGACAUUGCGUGGGGACUCAUAAGCUUAGGAGGGAGGUCACGAUGCAAGUUCCCCGGGCACUUCCCACCAGUCUUCCCACUAGGGCGAGUACUCAGGGGGUUAUCCGCUAUGUGAAUUCAAGUUUAUUAUUUAUUAAUUCUCGUCCCGAGUCGGCGACUUA